AUGUUGGUCCUCAGGUGGUUAACAUAUAUUUUGUGUAUUUCAGCUUCUCUUUCCAGUGACAUUCAGAGGAUUCUGGGAGUUUUGGGGAGCCUGGCAGAAGAGGUGCAGAAACUGAACAGCUCUGCUGAUCCAAUAUGCAGUACGGGAUGGACUCAGUAUGGACUCAGCUGUUACUACUUGUCUUCAGACUCAAAACCAUGGAAUGCCUCCAAGAAAGAGUGUGAGGACAGGAAGGCCCACCUGGUGGUCAUCAAUGGCGAGGGGGAGAUGAAUUUUCUGCGCGGGUUUACAAAAGUCGAUUACUUGUGGAUCGGCCUAACGGAUGCGGAUGGAACCUGGAGAUGGGUGGACGGAACAUCUUAUGACAAGACUCCAAAGUAAGACACUGAGACCUCGAAUAUCA